CCCGCUCGUUCCGUCCAUCCAUCCCGUUCCUGAACAGCGGAACAGUCAAUUGAACACGGGAACAGCGCAAGGACGAGGGCCAGAGAGCCUUCUUGAGCUUCGAGGACUUUCGUAAAGCUUUCCGGGCGUGGUGGGAGCGGCGGCGGCGGCGGGGCGUGAUGGCGGGCGGCGGCGGCGGGGCGGCGGCGGCGGCAGCGGCCCUCGCGUCGGAUAUCAGCCGCCGAAACCCGCAGGAUGAAUACGAACUCAUCCAGCGCAUCGGGAGCGGGACUUACGGCGAUGUUUACAAGGCAAAACGUCUUAUUACAAAUGAGUUUGCAGCCAUCAAGGUCAUCAAAUGGAACCAGAUUUUUAUUCUGAAAAGAUGGUGUACAUCCAUGUACACUGCUCAGUUCCUGGGUGUCUGUUUGGUCCAUGGUUGGGCAUGUGAGGUAUCGUCCUGGCAAUUGGGACUUGGUGAUGACUUCACUCAUCCAGCAGAAAUCCUGAUGAUGAAGGACUGCAGACACCCAAACAUUGUUGCUUACUUUGGGAGUUAUUUACGGAGAGACAAACUCUGGAUAUGCAUGGAAUUUUGUGGAGGUGGAUCCCUGCAGGAUAUAUACCAUAUUACUGGACCUCUUCAAGAGCGUCAGAUUGGUUAUAUGUGCAGGGAGACAUUGCGAGGGUUGGAGUAUCUCCACCGUAUGGGUAAAAUGCACAGAGAUAUAAAGGGCGCCAAUAUCUUAUUAACGGAGAAUGGUGAUGUGAAGCUGGCUGACUUUGGUGUGUCAGCUCAGAUCACAGCCACCAUUAGCAAAAGAAAGUCUUUCAUCGGCACACCAUACUGGAUGGCACCAGAGGUUGCUGCAGUGGAGAGGAAGAGUGGCUAUAAUCAACUUUGUGAUAUUUGGGCUGUUGGAAUUACGGCCAUUGAGUUAGAACUCCAACCACCUAUGUUUGACCUUCAUCCAAUGCGUGCCCUUUUUCUUAUGUCCAAGAGUGGCUUCAAGCCCCCAACGUUAAAAGACAAGGCAAAGUGGACGCAAAAUUUUCAUCAUUUUGUUAAGCUGAGUCUAACAAAGAACCCCAAGAGACGUCCGACUGCCGACAAAUUACUCCUUCACCCCUUUGUGGCGGCUGACCUUCCCAAGUGGCUGGCUGUUGAAUUGCUGCAGAAAGCUCACAACCCACAGCAUUCAUUCCCUCCUGAGUUAGAGAUUGAUGAGGAAGGGCAGUUACAAAUGUUCCUCAGAGAAUAA